CUCUACAGGAAGAGCGUAGAAUGACAAUUGGAGUGUUUUGACGACUGCGAAAACCAGCUUCUUGAUCGCUUCCAACUUUUCUGAUCGAUUACUUGGAAUCAUACAUUCAGUUAGUCUUUAUAGCCCGCUUCACAGCAAGGAAUAUGCAUUUGUGACUUUGAAAUGUGGUUAUUUAUUUUCUGCCGAACGGCUAUCUACGACUUGUAGUUGACGUUAUUUAGAUGGGGAAGCUGGCUGCCUCAGCACGGCACUUCCUCCCUUUCCCAGACGGCGCAAAACAAUUUAGACAUAAAUCCUCCUCCCCUGACCCAAGGAUACGUCACCGCUGCUGCUGCUGCUACUGACGCCGCUGCCGCUCUGCCAAGUGCGCAGCUCCGUGGACGCCCACCUCCCCCUAUUCCCCAACUCCACACCCCCCCAACCCCACGACAACAAGGUUAGCCCACAGCAGCAGCAGCAUGGCCCCGCACAGCCGCCGCCGAGGAACUGCUCGGACAUCCAGCCGUCGUCAUGCAGACACCGAAUCUGCGUCACGACCAUAAACAGGGACCCGGGCGCUCCCAAUCCACGCGGGAUCAUCCCUCGAGCUUCCACACUUGACGAACACGCGUGGAUUUGAAGAGUAAUGGAGGUAAGCACCGCUGAAGCUUCAGCCCCGGCCGUCGUUGCCCCACCCGCCCCGAAACCUCAGCCGCCGUUAUACCUCGGCCCCGCCCACACCCUACUGGAGUGGCGUCGGCGGGUCAGGUCCGAGUACAUGCGCCUUCGUCAGCUGAAGCGCCUUAAGAAAGCAGAGGAGGUCAAGGCCGUGUUUGUGUCCAACCGGGUCAAGAUUGAGAAGCAGACCCGCAUCCUGAAUGGGGAAUGGUCCCAUCUGAGGAUCCAGUCGGUGCCGUUGUCGAGCUCAGACGGCCCUGCGGCGACUAAGAAGAUGUGCACGGUGGAGUCCGGCUUCCCGGGGUUCAAAGUUCAGGCCGUGGCCAUGCGGCCUUUGUCGACAGUGACAGGAAUCCCCUUCAUGUACUCCUGGUCGCCUUUGCAGCACAACUUCAUGGUGGAGGAUGAGACAUUCCUACACAACAUUCCCUACAUGGGCGACGAGGUAUUGGAGCAGGAUGAGGCCUUCCUGGAGGAAUUGAUUGACAACUACGACGGCGUCCAUGGCGACAGAGAGGGAGGCUUCAUCAGCGACGAAAUCUUUAAGGAGCUGGUGGAGGCCUUGAACCAGUACUCUGACCACGAGGAGGAGGACGAGGAGGAAGCAGCGACAGCGGCGCCGACUGAAAAGAAGGAAACCGAGCGAGCGAUCAGACGAAGCUCGACCGAGGGCGCUGAGGAGACCAAAGCGCCGUUCAUCCGCAGGAAGAGGAGGAGCGCUGUAGAGGUGCGGGACCCGUCCAGCAGCAAGAAGAUCCCCAGCGACAAGAUCUUCACCGCCAUUGCCUCCAUGUUCCCAUACAAGGGCACCACGGAGGAGCUGAAGGAAAAGUACAAGGACCUCCUGGAACCCCCGAGCUUGGUCAAGUUGCCCCCACUCUGCACCCCCAACCUGGAUGGACCCUUUGCAAAGUCAGUGCAGCGAGAGCAGUCGUUGCACUCCUUCCAUACGCUUUUCUGCCGGCGAUGCUUCAAAUACGACUGCUUCCUCCACCCUUUCCACGCAACACCCAACGUGUACAAGAGGAAGAGCAAAGAGAUCCGAAUGGAGACGGAUCCGUGCGGCGCCGACUGUUUCUUGUUGCAGAAAGGGGCGAAAGAGUUUGUGGAUCAGAACAUGUUGCGCUCGCAGAGGUUUCGCAAGAGGCGCAGGCAUCCGCUGCAGCAGCGUCCCGCCAGCGCAAGUUGCCCCGGACCGUCGGGGUUUGCAGAGGAGAGCAAAGAGGGAGAAAGCGACCAUGAAACGACAUCCUCCUCAGAGAGCCCAGGCAGAUUUAGUUGGGUCAUCAUCAAACCCCCCCCCCCCUUUGCCGUACGCACGUCAAGCGAGAACCGCAUAGAGGGGAAUUCGCGCUGCCAGACCCCGACCAAGCUGCGUCCGGUCGACGACGAAGCGGAGCAGCCGGCGAGCUGCGCGGCCGAGUGGAGCGGCGCGGAGGAGUCGCUCUUCCGUGUGCUGCACGGCACCUACUUCAACAACUUCUGCUCCAUCGCACGCCUCAUCGGCACCAAAAACUGCAAGGAGGUGUACGCGUUUGCAGUGAAGGAGGCGCUCAUCCACCGCGUCCCUCUGGAGGACGGAGGCAUCUUGCCACAGAAGAAGAAAAGGAAGCACAGGUUAUGGGCAAAGAUUCAGCUCAAGAAAGAUAACUCAUCCAAUCAGGUGUACAACUACCAGCCAUGUGACCACCCAGAUCACCCCUGCGACAGCACCUGCCCGUGUGUCAUCACACAGAAUUUCUGCGAGAAGUUUUGCCAGUGUGAGGAUGAGUGCCAGAACCGCUUCCCGGGCUGCAGGUGUAAGACCCAGUGCAACACUAAGCAGUGUCCCUGCUACUUGGCCGUGAGGGAGUGCGACCCGGACUUGUGCAUGACUUGUGGUGCCGCCGAGCAUUGGGACAGCAAAGUGGUGUCGUGCAAGAACUGCAGCAUCCAGAGAGGCCUCAAAAAGCACCUCCUGUUGGCUCCAUCGGAUGUCGCCGGAUGGGGCACCUUCAUCAAAGAGCCUGUGCAGAAGAACGAGUUCAUCUCAGAGUAUUGCGGAGAGCUCAUCUCGCAGGAGGAGGCGGACCGACGCGGCAGAAUCUACGACAAAUACAUGUCCAGCUUCCUUUUCAACCUGAACAAUGACUUUGUCGUUGAUGCCACAAGGAAAGGGAACAAAAUCCGCUUUGCCAAUCACUCGGUCAAUCCAAACUGCUACGCCAAAGUGGUGAUGGUGAACGGAGACCACCGCAUCGGGAUCUUCGCCAAGCGGUCCAUCAUGCAAGGGGAAGAGCUUUUCUUCGACUACAGGUGAGGCCACUUGCUUCUCAUGCGGAGAGGUGGCUUUGAAUGGAUACAGCCAAGCGGACGCCCUCAAAUAUGUCGGCAUCGAAAGGGAAGUGGAUAUGUCUUAGCCGCCCAGCACCAUACAUAAAUAAUGUAUAUCCUGUCCUUAACUUCUGCAGCCCUCCACUAGCGCCUCCGUCCCGUCCCGUUCGGGGUCUUUCUGCAGCAUCACACGUUGGCUCCGUCCUUUGAAAAUAGCGCCUCAAAAAAAAUAAAGAGAGAAAAAAAGCAGCCCCUCCCUUCCUCGAUGUUUGCAGAUGCACUAGUCCCCCCCUCCCUCCUUUCAUCCACCCAAAUACACGAGUGUACACACCACGCUUGUCAACUUUAUACGAUUUCAGUAGUCCGUGUUGCUAAGGGCUUUUUCCUUUGUGCUCGACUCAGACACCACUCGUAGUUAGUUUUCAGGAUGUCCGUUUAGUUACAGCGAGCAGCGACCUGCAUGUGCCGUCUCUCGGGUAUAUAAAAUUCAGUAAACGAGUUUAGUUGGCGGUAUUUCGCGUCACGGUGUUGUCAAAUGAUGAGGCUAAAAGUUGUGCAUUUAUGUCAAAAAUAUAAUAAUAGGCAAGAAACCGACUGAUUGAAUGUAACCUAUAGAUGGCAUUUAUUUUCAUUUAAAGGGGACAUAUUAUGAAGAAUUUACUUUGUCAUGGCUUGUAAACAAAUUGGACUUCUGGAAAGUACAUGUUUUUUCCUGCGUAUUUAUGAAAAUGUGUCCUGGUGUGUGCCAUCCACCAACUUUCUCUACCCAUGACUUAGUCACCGGGUUGACGAAAGAUUGCUCGUUUUCAAGCAACAGCCGUACUGCAAUGUCAAAAGAUAAACCGAGAUGCAGUGUUAGCGCAGAUUAUAACCGCCCUACGGCAACCAAGUGAUUUCAACCAGAGUGUGACAAGUUGAUGUUAAGUGUACUGUAAUUCUUUAUCCUUUGUGUAUUUUGACUGAAGAAUGUCAGAGAUGUUUUAAAGACACCCGAGAGCUUCUUUAAUUGUGAAAUAAAAAUGAAUAAUAUGUCUCCUUUAACACAGUUACCUGUUGAUUGGUCCUUGCAGCAGUUGUUGUAUUUAGCUAAAAGGCAAAUAAUUAAUAGAUAAAUGCAGCAAAUGUCUUCCUGGUCCUGCCCUAGAGUUUAAAUGAGUAUUAGGCCCAUACAGAAAUUUAAAUAGGAUUAAGUAAUAAAAAUGUGACAGAAUAAAUUUGCAUGAGCCUUUUUAGAGUGUCAUUUGAUGAAAAAAAAAGAUCAAAGGAAAAGUCAGAAGCUGAAAAGUGUUUGUGUGGGAACUUCUGAUUGAAACUACAAUAAGAGUUCUGGCACUUUGUUUUUUUUAUAAGUGACUUACUUCGUCAAAAUUGUUUUUUCUUUUUUUUUUACAAAAAGGGUAAAUAAACGUAACGUAAAUGUCCAAAGUCGUAUUAGGACUACACUGAAAAGAAAAAGAAAUGACUAAAUAUAAAAUUGUAGUUGCACUUUCUGAAUACCGUACGUUUGCUCUAUUGGUGACUUUUUGCGGUCAAUGGUGUUGAAACAGCGCCCUCUGGUGUGACAUAAGUAUAAAAGCCAAACAGCUUUCAGCACCUGUUGGGAAUUCCCGGUGCUGUAAGCCCGUUACGAGUUUUAAUGUUAAAUAACAACAACAACAAAAUAAGUCUGUGUUUUAUUUUGUUUGUUUACUUUGUUUCAAAUAAAAGAUGAAAACA